AUGAUCAAAGGCAGCUGCGCUUGCGGGCGUGUCCAAUAUCAGACCCAAUCCCAACCUCGUACCGUCACUGCCUGCCACUGCGGCACUUGCCAAAAGGCGGGCGGUCCGUUCCUGGCGUUUGCAGGCUUCCCAACCUCUGAGCUUCAGUGGAUUCAUCAACCUGACCUCUGGGCACGCAGUGACUUCGCCGACCGCGGAUACUGCAAGGUGUGUGGCUCGAGCGUGUCGAUGCGGUACUACGUCGAAGACAUCACCUAUGUGACACUGGGGACGAUCGAGCCCGGCACCGCUCUGCCUCGGAUAGGAGCCCAUAUCUUCUUGAAGGAAAAAGCACCAUGGGUUGUUCUGCCAGACGACGGGGCAGAACGAUGGGACGGGUUCGGUCCGGGAUUCGAGAAGGAGCUGGCUCAGUGGCGGCGCCAAAGACUUCGGCCCAAGUUGUAA